AUGGGUCGCCAGCGAGACUCCGAGUUACUCAAGAUCAUCCUGACAGCUUGUGUGAGGAUCCUUCAUCAACCCUACCUUCCCGUGCGCGGUCCGCUGACUAACAUGGACGGCCCGCAGCUCAGCAACCUCAUGUUCACUCGUGGCGUUUUCCCAGCAGAAUGCUUCCAGAAGCUCUCACGCGAGCAUUUCGAAUCAGCUUUCCGAGACCUUAUCGAGUCGAGCGGACCUGCACAAGAAAUACCGAAAGACGGCUUCCUCGACGCGAACACCUUUCUCUUUCCCCGUCGACACCCUCACAAGCAGUUUGGCUAUUUCCUCAACCUUUUGGAGGGUAGCAUCUUCCCGGUUAUCGAGGACGCUGGUCUGGUGAAACUUCUCUUGUGUUUCUUCGACAGUCGUGCUGAUUCUCCCGAGAGCCUCGUCGAAUACUUCAAAAUCAAAUUCUACUAUCAUGAAGAUCAUAACCAGGAGAUUGUCAUCACUUGGUCCGGGAUCGGCAGACUUGGGACUGAGAUGCAAACAGGAGGCGACACCUUUUGUGACAUGGCCGAAAACCUCAAGACUUUGCCAUGCUGGACAGGCCCGAUGUACAACAUGUUCUUGAUAUAUCCCAAAGCCGGGUAUCCCGAUCGCUUCGGUUCUGGAUGGCACCUUGACUACGAUGUGACCACGGCAGAGACCGUCCUAGCCCAAAGACCGGGCUUUUCCACAUUUGUCAUGAGCCAACUCACAGUAAGUGCCAUGGACGCUCCUGAGCCCGUGUGCCCGAAACGAACCCCCACCAAGUCUGAGAAAGACCGGACCCCCAAAGCGAAUGCGAAGGUAUUGGAGGGGAGUGAGACCAAGCGAACCAGCUCUCUCGACGAAGUACCAGAGUCACGACCGGGUCGACAUAUGUAUGAUCUGCCAGCCAUUGGGGCAGUAUCUGGCCACGCUCAUAAGGGACGAAAACCAGGGCGCCCUUCGACCAAAAAUCAGGCUCGAGGAACCAAAGUUGCCAAAGCCACAGCUCCUAAGCGUCCGGCAACCAAGAAGCAGCGCAAGAUGCCCCAUAGGAAAGCAAAAGACACGGUGUUUUCACAAUCGCAAAUCCCUGUCUUUGAAAAGGCCACGAACUCUUUGCCUGCAACCCAGAAGCUUGAGUCGCAAUCCCUCACGCAAGCGGCGGGCGACAGGCAGUACAAACACGAUGCAGCAACUCGGGCAGGCUUUACAGAGCCACACAAUGAAGCGGGCCAGCCUCUGGGAUUUGACCGAUACCUAUCCGAGGCACAGGAUACCCAGCAGGUAGAGGCCGAUGAGGCCAGCUUUGGGUUCGCUACCUAUCUCAUGAAGUAG